AUGGCAGACAAAGAAAUGGGGAUAGAGCAGAAGAAGAAGAAGAGUGCGGACUGCUGUGGCUACCCUGUCAGUAUCUUCUUCAUUGUAGUAAACGAGUUCUGUGAAAGAUUCUCCUACUAUGGCAUGCGAGCUGUGCUGGUGCUGUACUUCACAUACUUCUUGCGUUGGGAUGAGAACACGGCUAUCUCCAUCUACCACACCUUCGUGGCCCUGUGUUACCUCACUCCUAUCCUGGGGGCCAUCGUAGCAGACUCCUGGCUGGGCAAGUUCAAGACGAUUGUUUACUUGUCCAUCGUGUACACCAUUGGUCAGGGAGUGCUGGCCGUUAGUGCCAUCCAUGACAUCACAGACCACGACAGGGACGGCCAACCGGAUGACAUCACCUUCCAUGUGGCCCUGUCCAUGGUGGGCCUGGCGCUGAUUGCCAUCGGCACAGGAGGCAUCAAGCCCUGCGUGUCUGCAUUUGGAGGAGACCAGUUUGACGAGAGCCAGGAUAAGCAAAGGAGUACCUUCUUCUCCAUCUUCUACCUGUCCAUCAACGCAGGCAGUCUGCUCUCCACCAUCAUCACUCCAAUCCUAAGAGCUCAGGAGUGUGGUAUCUACACACAGCAGAAAUGCUACCCCCUGGCGUUCGGAGUGCCAGCUGCUCUGAUGCUGGUUGCUCUGGUUGUCUUCAUUGUGGGCAGCGGCAUGUACAUCAAGGUUGCUCCACAAGGCAACAUCAUGUUGGAGGUCUGCAAGUGCAUUGGGUUUGCCAUCAAGAACCGCUACAAGCACCGCAGCGACCAAUACCCCAGCAGAGAUCACUGGAUGGACUGGGCAGAGGAUAAAUACUCGAAACUGCUGAUCGCUCAGAUCAAGAUGGUGCUGAAGGUGCUGUUCCUCUACAUCCCUCUGCCCAUGUUCUGGGCCCUGUUCGACCAGCAGGGAUCAAGAUGGACUCUUCAGGCCACCACUAUGGACGGAGACUUUGGCAUCCUGGUUAUCCAGCCCGAUCAGAUGCAGAUGAUGAAUCCAAUCAUGAUCCUGGUCUUGGUUCCCAUUGUGGACAAAGGGGUCUAUCCUCUCAUCGAAAAGUGUGGACUCAACUUCUCGGCGCUGAAGAGGAUGACAGUGGGCAUGCUGAUGGCUGGUAUCGCCUUUGCAGUCGCUGGUGUUGUUGAGCUCAUGAUAUUGAACACCCUGCCUGCUUUCCCCGGUGACACUCAGACCCAAGUGCAGGUGCUGAACAUGCGCCCCACACAAGUGGAGAUUAGUCUAUCUGGUACUCCGUUCACUCUGCCACCUUACAAGGACAAUGACACAAUUGCUAAGCCUGCAGAAGGAAAGAAUUCCGUCAGGUUUGCGAAUGCCUACGGUGCUAUGCUCAACAUAUCCUGGAGUGCAAAUACAGAUGACGUCAGUGUCGCUGCUAAUGACGUGUCUGCGUACAUCCUGGUGCCCCAGGGAAAAGCGACAUUCACCAUAAAGAACGUGGCAGCUAACACAGAGUGCGUGAUGACUCAAGACAUGAGCUUUGGCAGUGCCUUCACCUACUCCAUCCCCAGUAAUUUCAACCCAGCAGCUCAGGACUGUGGAAGUGUGAUCGUGCAGAACAUGGAGAUCGAGCCCAACAGCAUCCAUAUGGCCUGGCAACUGCCCCAGUACUUCCUCAUGACCUGCGGAGAGGUCGUCUUCUCCGUCACAGGCCUGGAGUUCUCCUACUCACAGGCGCCGAGCAACAUGAAGUCCGUACUCCAGGCUGGCUGGCUAUUGACGGUCGCCGUGGGCAACAUCAUUGUGCUGAUCAUCGCCGAGGCAGCACAGCUCCCCGAGAAGUGGGCCGAAUACAUCCUGUUCGCAUCUCUGCUGGUGGUGGUGUGCGUGCUCUUCGCCAUCAUGGCCUACUUCUACGAGUAUGUGGACCCGGCCGAGAUCGAGGCCCAGUUCGCCGAGAAGGACUCGGACGACAAGGACGAGAAGAAGAGGGGCUCGAUGAGCAGCAGCAGUAGCAGCAGCAGCAGCAGCAGCGAUGGCAGCAAAAAGGAGGACGAGAAGAAGGAGGAGGAGGAGGAGGAAGACGUCAAACAGACCAAGAUUUAAAAACAGCAACAUCUAUGAAAAUGCCACCCAUUUCAUCCUCGACGUCAAAGAGACCAAGAUUUUAAAAAGCGACAUCCAAGAAAACGCCACUCAUUUCCUCCUCUUGUCUCCCUCUACUUCUCAUCUUUUCUUUCUUC